AUGAAACGGGAGAACUCGAAUCUCUGCUGCGAAACAACCUUGGCCGCUCGGCCGGGUCAACCCGCGGCGCCAAAAAAGUAAACUCACCCUUUAAUGGCCACGCCAUCGCCGCGACAUCUCCCUGAAAAAUCCAGAGAGAGACGUACGCUUCAAGCGCCACGCCACCGACGCGCGCAGGCCAACUCGCCGCGCUCGAGCGCUGGCUCGAGCUCAACAGCGGAAGCUUCCGCCAGUGGCCGGGCCUCGUGGACGUCGCCUGGACAAGAAUAGCGGGCCGCGACUCCGUCUGCCUCAAGCUCACGUACGAGUCGCACGUCGCGCUCGAGCAGAACUACGACCGCUGGGUCGCGGCGGCCGAGAUGAUGGAGCGGAGCUUCCUGUCGCGCGCGCCGAGCGAGCCGUCGGUGAGCGCCCAGAACUCGCCGACGCCGUCCCCCAAAUCGGCGGCGCCGGUCGGGGCCCCGUCGGCGGCCGACCAGCUCAACAUGGAGUCGCCGAGCGCCGCGUACCGGACGCUGGUCUGA